CUCUGCUCCUCACUCCUCUCUCUCAUUUUCUGCCUCCUCAUGUCUUCCCAGAAGAGAACUCUUCUCAGAAUACUCCUCACUGCAAAUGGAAGCUGCGGCUGUGGCAGGCCCAAGCCCACCGACGUCUUCGAGCCCAAGCCCAAGCAAAAAAACCCGAACCCAAUGGGCGGCUUCACAUCUUCAACCGCCACCUCCGGCGACCGAAUCUGCGCCCACUCAAUCGACGAAGACGACGGGGAUUUCACAUCCACCACCGUGUCGGAAGCCGAGACGGAGACCCAGAGGAGCUGGAAGAAUUCGAGUAACGUGAUGGCGAAGCAGAGUCCGAUAGUGAACAGCGUGGCGGUGGAGAAGGAGUCGGAGGAUCCGUACAAGGAUUUCCGGCACUCGAUGCUGCAGAUGAUAUUUGAGAAGGAGAUGUACUCGGAAUCCGAUCUGGAGGAGCUUCUGGAAGCAUUCCUGGAGCUGAACUCGCCGAGACAGCACGAGGUGAUCGUGAAGGCGUACACGCAAAUCUGCGAAGAUGCGUUUCCAAAUAAUGAUAAUAACAAGAAGACGACGACGAACAAGAGCAAGGGGAUGAGGCGUUAUGGUCACGUGAGGAAUCAGCCAGCGGCACGUGCGUAGGCCAUUCCAUGUGAAGGCAUUCAAUGCCGGCGUGGGAAGAAGCUGCAUGCCCGCGUCACUGCCUCUCUGUAUCAUUCAUGUACGUGGGGUUCCCUCAUAAAACCAUUAAUGCUUCAAGCAAAGA